UAAUGUCUGACCGGUAUUACCUCGCCAUUCAAUCCCAGCGAUCCUAGGAUGUGUCUAUGUGCGGGGUGAUUACCCCGGUUCGGAAGAGCGCGCCCAGCCGAGCUCAGAUCCCCGGCUACCGGACAGUCCUUCGGAGUCCACCCCGCACCGGGGCCCUUACGAUAGCCGCACCAGCCCCAAGCCCCCCACACAGAGCACCAUUCAGCGCGAGGCUUUCACACCAGAUCUAUGGCAUUCUGACAAUGAACAAGCGCGCUCAGUUAUUGGAACAGAUGCAUUGUGUCCAGUUGAAAUGCACACCUCGAGACAUGCCUUGUGUGCAGGCUCAGUAUGGGCCCACCCCCCCAGGCUCAUCCUACUCCGCCCAGUCCUUUGGUUACCAGGGUGACAGCUACAGUUCAGACCUCAUGGCCCCAGACUAUUCCAAGUUGGACCUGGGCGGGGGUGAGAUCUCGGCGGCCGCCACCACCUCUCUACCCAGCUUCAACGUGUUUGUUGAGGGAAGCUACGAACCCAAGUCCUCCUGCCUGUACCAGUUGCCCUCCCAUAGGCCGCUAAUCAAGAAAGAGGAGGAAUCCUACCCCCAAUCUGCCCCCCCGCCCCUUGACACCCUGCCCUCUUCCUCCAUGUACUUUAAACAGUCUCCUCCAUCAACCCCAACCACCCCUUCUCUCCCCCCCCAGCCCGGCUCCUCCUUCCUCUGGGAUGAGUCCCCCCACCACUCCUUGCAGCCCCCCUCCCACGGCCCCAUCAAGUCCCCUCGCUUCUCCCACUUCUAUCAGCACUCCCCUCCCCACAGCGGGGGGUACGAGGGGCUCGGAGGGGGCCUUCCUCGCUCCUCCCCGUCCUCAGUGCCGUCCCGCCCCCACGGCCCUCCACUGGAGCAGCACCUGUACCAGCUGCACCGCGGGGUCGGGGGUCCGGGCGGCCCAGGGGGACUGGCCUUCCGCUCCCUGGCGCUGGGUUCCUGUAACCCCCUUCUGGGGGAUGGCCUUCCAUCGCCCCCCCCCCGCGGACCCCCAGGAGAGGGCACCUGCGCCGUGUGUGGGGACAACGCCGCCUGCCAACACUAUGGCGUGCGCACCUGUGAGGGCUGCAAAGGUUUCUUCAAGCGUACGGUGCAGAAGAAUGCUAAGUAUGUGUGCCUGGCCAGUAAGAACUGUCCGGUGGACAAACGGAGACGCAACCGCUGCCAGUACUGUCGCUUCCAGAAGUGCCUCAGUGUCGGCAUGGUGAAGGAGGUGGUGCGUACGGACAACCUGAAGGGCCGUCGAGGUCGCCUGCCUUCAAAACCAAAGAGCCCCCUGCAGACGGAGUCCUCGCCCCCCUCGCCUCCUCUCAGCCUGCUCUCGGCUCUUCUCAGGGCUUACUCACACUGCACUCCUCGGGAACUAGACUACAGCCAGUUCAGUGCGGCGGAAGCCACGUCCUCUUCUUCUGAUGCCCAGAACAUUGAACUCUUCUAUAGGCUGCUUACCGUCUCCAUGGAGACCACACGUUGCUGGGCCGACCGGCUGCCCGGCUUCAACGAGCUUCAUCGCGAUGACCAGAAUCUGCUUAUAGAUUCCGCCUUCCUGGAGCUCUUCGUCCUGCGAUUAGCCCACAGGUCUCUGCUGUCAGAGGAUAAGCUGGUGUUCUGUAAUGGCCUGGUGCUGAGCAGGUUCCAAUGUCUCAGGGGCUUUGGGGAGUGGCUGGACUCUAUCAGGGACUUCUCCUCUCAUCUACAGAGUCUCAACCUGGACACUUCUGCCUUCUCCUGCCUGGCUGCCCUGGUGCUGCUCACAGAGCAGGUGCCAGGACUUAAAGACAGUAAACGUGUUGAGGAGCUGCAGAACAAGGUUGUCUGUUGCCUUAAAGACCACCUGGGCUUUGGGCCCUCCUCCUCAUCCAAGGCCACACCUGCUCUGAGCCGUGUGCUAGGUGUGAGGGCGGAGCUCCGCUCCCAGAGGACCCAAGGCCUGCAGAGGAUCUUCUACCUGAAGCUGGAGGACCUGGUCCCACCCCCACCCCUGAUUGACAGGUUCCUGGACACUCUCCCCUACUGAUGCUGUCCUGUCUUAUUCCACCAACACACACGUGUCACAUCCUGUUUAAGACACGCCCCCCCAGAGCACAUGGACACACCCGGAGGAGCGAGACUCGCUGAGAUGCGCUGAGAUGCACUGAGAGACGGCGAAUCAAAUUGCUUUUCACUCAUAAAGGACAACCAAUCCAAAAUGUUUUUCACGCAAAAGACAGUUACUCAUACGCUUACCACUUUUUAUCUGGUCCUCAUUUUCUCAUAUAAUGGAGGAUGGGAAGAUUCAAAAAGGAUGAGAAAAAAAUGAAAGUGACAUUUAUCUGUCCUAUUUAAUCUGUCUAUGGCUGAAAGAAGAAAAAGACACGUCUUUGCUUUGUCUUCAAUUUGCUGGCCUGCUUCAGUCUGACUUGGUUCUGUCUGAAGUUUAUAGCAGUCUGUCCUAGGGUGAGAUGGAUUAGAGACAUGCAGGCUAUGUGAGAAAGUGUGUGAUGCUCUGAUGAUGUCCCAGGGAAACAGAAGCUGUGUUUUUGUAAUUCCUCCUGUGAAAUUGAAGGAAAGGGACGAAAUAGAGUUGUGUCAUCAGGCAAGACGAUGUACAGCAUGAGUUUGGGUAACCAGGAAGUCUGUGUGUAUGUGAGCACAGACACACAACAGAACCUCCAACAGAAUGCAUUAAAGCACACCAACAAACAAACACACAAACACACACACAGUGAAGUAACUGCCGUUUGGCUCUUGUAUCUAAGUGCAAUUUCUUAAGUGCUAUCUUAUAAAAAAAGCAACAGCUAGAGAUGGAGAGGUUUCAUUUCAAACUCUAAAUUAUUUUAAUACUAAGACUGGCGCGUACUGUCAGUCUAUCAGUAGCUCCUGGAGAGAGAUGGCUGAGAGGAGAUACUGAGCACUAACCAUUGAUGACCGAGUCUGUCCGACUGAAAUGGCUGUAGUAGGUUUUAAAAUGAACUCGUAGGAUUAGGGAGAGAAGAGCGCGAGCAGAAUUUGGCUUCAAGCACUUACACCCUCAGAGGGAGAGACGCACAGACACACACCCACCUUGCUUCCCAAGAGAGGGAGAGGAAAAAGAAUAGGGGUCAGCAGAGGAGAGGGAGGGGCAAGGAAGAGAAGGUGCUUGGCGGAGGACUUUAAGGGGUCUCGGGGGGUUGAAACAUUCCACAGUCAUGCUGUUUUCGUAUGUUUGUAAUAUGGAGCCUGUGAGAGAUUGGAGGAUGUGUUACUGUUUAUGUGUGUGGGUGUUGGAGUGCAGGAACGUACGCAUGGGGGUUAUAAGCUGUUAUAAGCUCUUAUGAAGCGGUUAAGACAGCUUGGCCUGUGUUCAUUUUGUCAGACUGCGGCUGUGGGUGUGGACAUCCCUCCCAGGCCUCCGCCACAUCACACCACUGACUCACUCACAGGCCUCCACCACAUCACACCACUGACACACUCACAGGCAGCCGUUUGACAGAGGGGAAAAAAAAGCAAAUUCUAUAGAUAUAUAAAUAUAUAUUAAAAAAACUAAUAUUUUGAAGUGUUUUUAGCUUUUUCAAAUAUUGUGGUACGAGUUGUGCAUUGUUUUUUGAAGAAGAGAAAUGAAAAGUUAAAAAAAUGUUUUUUUCAAUGUCCCCCUCUGGUUGGAGUUUCCUGGUAUUUUUUUUUUUUUUGUUCUUUCUCUUUGGUUCACUGGAGUUUCUGUUCAGCACUUUGACAUCAUAAAGUAGACCUGAUUAUUCUGA